UGCAUUAUCCGUAGAGACUGUACCUUUCUAGUCUCGAUAUUUUUUAGUCCAUGGACAAAAAUCGAUCAAACGACGCCUAUGUUGGUGCAAGGAGAAAAUGGUGGAGCACCGAUCUUCCGCCGGCCAUAUCCUUGCCUAUUCUUGUUUUCAUCGACAUGUUUGCCGUGGCUCAAGUUGUUCCGCUCCUAUUUCAAUAUUACAAAAAUGCCGGAGUUGUAUCGGCGACACAACGGGAACUCCUCAGUUCCGUUUUUUCAGCGUCACAAAUAAUUGGAGGUGUCCUGCUGGGUGCAUUGACCGACGCCAAAAUAUUGGGGAAAAAGACACUAUUGUAUCUUUCGUUUGGUGGAUCGGCUCUAGCCUAUCUGAUGAUCACAUACGGUGGAUUUACGGCAUUGAUUCUUUCUCGAAUAAUUGUCGGCCUUGUUAAGCAAACCAUGACAGUCACGACCAGCAUGAUGACAAAGUGCACAACGAAAGAGAAUCGAACGAAACAUAUGGGACGGUUGGAAUCCAGCAGUACAGCGGCRUGGAUCCUGGGACCAUCGACAGGUGGUCUCCUCUAUAAAUGUAAGUAUUUUUGGAACAAAUUCAAUGGACGCAUUUACUAUCAAACGUAUACGAUGCAUUAACCACUCGAAGGUAGCUUUGACACAAAGUUGAUUGAUCGCAACUGAUUUGAUGCUUUCCUUUCGCUUUAUUGUAUUGUCUCACGAUCCAAUAAUAUUCCCUUCAAACACAAUAAUUCAUUAUUCUGAAAUACCCAAUUAUAGAUGUGGAUCAAAAGGCACCUGCCUUGCUUGCAUCAUCUCUGUUCAUUCUGAACAUGAUUUUCGCCCGAAUUUUCUUGAAUGGAAACCUGGAGGAAAACGCAUGCCUAGUAGAAGACGGCGCUGGCACCCAAAGCAGUGGUAGGAAUUCCGAUCCGACUACUGUCSACAGCGACAAAAAGAUAAGCGGCAAACUUGAGACGAAAGAAGUAAGCAAGGGGAAGACCACUAAUGGAAAUUUUUGGGAGAACGCAAAGUCAUGUUUCAGUUCAAAAUCCCUAGCUUCCGUUAUUGCUUGUUUACUGAUUUUUUCAUGGAUGUUUCGAGCAACAUCCUACGCCAGUAUGGGGUCUUACUAUGAAGAUAUGUACGGCUUUGAGCCCCACGCAAGGGGGUAUAUUCAGAGUU